AUGAUCAAGAAACGGUCCCGACCUCAGCCAAGAGUCCGUGAAGUGUCGCCAGAAUCAGAGGACAAAGAGAUAGAAGAAGAAGGUGACGAUAAAUUGCCAUUAUCUGACCUCAUUGAGCUCCGAAGACUGAGAAAGUCACGGCAGGGUAUCGACGCAACGAAAUUAAACAAGGGGGACACGAAAAAGAAACGGAAGCGUCCUGUUGAGGAAAUACAGGAACAGGGAGGACUGAGGAAGGGUGCCACCAUUGAUCCCGAGGAGGACGACGAGGAAAGGGAUGCUAGAGCUCGGAGAGUAGUGCGGUCGAACAACUUUACUCAACAGACCAAUGCCCUCGACGUCGACAAGCACAUGAUGGCAUAUAUAGAGGAAAACCUCAAGAUAAGAAGCCACCCGCGCGACGAUUCGGAGGACAAGAACAAACCCAUGGAUCCACAGGAGGCGCUGUACCAAAUUUCAGACCGGUGGAAAGUUGAUCAGCAGAAACCGACCGCAGACGACGGCAGCGUCACCAACAGUAUAUCAAUGCUGACGGCCAUACCUGAGGUCGACCUUGGCAUGGAUGCGAGGUUGAAAAACAUCGAAGAUACCGAGAAAGCUAAACGCGUUGUUGCUGAGGGAAAACAGGAAAGACGGCCUAUGAAUAACGAUGAAGCCCAUCUAGCUGCUAAUCGCUUCUAUCGACCCAACUUGAAAUCUAAAUCGGACGCUGACAUUAUGCGGGACGCCAAAUUGGAGGCUAUGGGUUUGCCUACUUCGGAAGACAAACCACAAAAGUCGAACGACAAACCUCAGAUGGCUACGGACGAAUUGGUCAUGAAGCGGUUCAAGAAACGAAUGAAGAAAUGA